UUCACAAUGAAGUGGUUUGUUAUACAAGUUAUAUUAUUUCUUUUAGCCUCAGGUACGUUUUGUCAAUGGGGUCCACCACCCCCUUGGCCAUGGAUGCUGGCCAAUAAAAUGCCCAUUGGAUUUCCUCCCCCACCACCACCAGAAAUGUUUUGGGGACAGCCAUGGAAUGUUAUAGAUCCUAAUUCGAAUUCAGACGAUUUUAGCCACUACGGUCCAUGGUCGAACGGCGGUAGUACUAAUUUUACUCAUUACGGUCCACAAUCCAACGGAAAUAAUGGAAAUUUUACUCAUUAUGGACCUCCAUCUAAUAAUGGAAACCGAAACAGUGGCAACACCGGAAUGCAGGGUCAGGAUCGUAAUAGCCCACCUAGGAGUGAAGCCAUUCAAAACCAGUCUCCAUGAAAUUUCAAUUUUUUAUAUUUUUAUUUUGUUUUUCUGUUUAUCCGAGUAGGUUCAUUCAUUUUCUAUGUAUGAAUUAUAUUAUAUAUUUCAAGUAUAAAUGUUCUUUACGGAUAUGUCACAAAUACUUUGUCUUUGGGGAUUAAGGUAAGUGUACCAGUAAUUGACUGUUGUGACAGUGUUCGUCACUUUCUUUGUCACAUUACAGUUUUUGUCAAAUAUUAAGGUAUUUUUAUAUAGCACAAUAAUAAA